CUCAUUCGUUUUCUUGCUCAUAUAUAUACACGUAUAUAACUUUAUAUCGUUUGUCACAGAGACUUGGUUACAAGCAGUUCUGCAGGUAAAAAUUCCAUACAUUGUACCUGAAGAUGGAGGAUGGUGCUGUUACUCAGAUGCACCCAGACAUUGAAUUCUGCCUGGCAACAGAAGCAGAUUAUGAUCAGGUUAUGGCUAUGUCUACUGAUGUCUACAGUGGGAUGGACUACAUGGGUCACUUCUACUUCUCAUGGCUACAAGAACCUAAUCGUAUGGUGUUCUUGGCAAAAAGAAAUGGGCAAGUGAUAGCACUGGAAUCUGUCUGGAUUGUAGAUGAUGGUGAAACAGCUGUAUUUGAAGGUCUCCGAGUCGCACCAUGGGAGAGAGGCCAGGGAAUUGCAAGAAUGAUUCAGUUACAUUGUAUCAAUUUUAUCAAAACAAACUAUCCAGAAGUAAAACGAAGGAGACAAACUGUUGGAAACAAGCUCCCUGAAGUACUUAACAAAUUCCGUAUACUAGGUGAAAGGAGCGUAUUGAUAUUUCAUUUCAAGGCUAGUGAUAUUGACGGAAUUCUGAGUUACAUCACCAGGGCAAUGGAGGCAGAAGGAAAGGUUUGGCAGCAGGCAAGCCUUCUGCAGGAUAGUGACGUGAGAAGAAUAUUCCUGGACAGAGAAGUCAUAGACACUGUGUUACCAAAUAAAAAAAUAAUGUAUGAUUGGCACCCAUUUGAACCUACUGAAAGUAACAUCUCUUUAUUGUUGUCAAAACAGAUCAGAUGGAUGGCAGACUGCAGUGAACACCCUCAUUUUCUCAGUCUGUGCUUAGAUCCUUAUCUAGUGUCCAUGGGACAAGAAUUUCUUCGGUUGAACAUUGACAUGUUUGGUAAAGUCCUUGAUGAAGCUAAAAAACACUUAGUGACUCAGCUGCAGAUCAGCUCGGGAAAACUGACAGGCACUGUACUCUGCUUUCUGUUCCUGGAUACAUUGCUGACUGCAAAAAUGGAGGAAUUUGUGAAAGCAAUACCUGCAGUAGAGAAACCAAACAUUUUACCACAAAUGUUACUGGAAGAUGAUUUGUGAUUGAAGUGUUACUACUUUAUCAAUCAGCAGUUAAUCUCUCACUCACUCUCACUAGUAAUUGUAUCUUAGGGUGUAACUUUCUUCACAAAAAAAAAAUUCAAAACAAAAACACUUAGGCAGUUAUUGAUAUAACCACUGCAAAUAUACUGAAGAACAGAUGCACUACAAAAAUAAUUUUUACUCAACCCAGAGUAUGUUUUCUUGUCUGCGGAAUGACCCCUACAUUCCAAUGUUUAGGUAAAGUAUCACUUCCCUGUUUCUCACUGUAUGUGACAUCUCUCAGCCACUCAGCUUCCACAGUGUACUGUGAGUUUGAAAUAGUAUCUUAUGACACUUUCUUCAGUAUCUUUUUUUCUUCAAAGCCGAAACAACACAAUGACAGGUAAAUAUUGUCAAAUAAUAACAAUCACAACAUAAUUUUCUGUGGUUAUCGCUGACAGCAUGAUGUAGAGUCCUUUGCAGAUAAGACAUUAUAGUUCUUGUAGUAUUUAGUUGAACACAAUUACUAUUUUUUGUUCCAAUCCAUACCACCCAACAAUGAAAUCAAUGACAAACAUUAUUGAACAUCCACUGUCAUGAUAGCUUCACGAAUUAAAUCCCUUUAGCAUCUCUUUCUAGGUGUGUGCUAUCUUACUCACUAAGGGAAGUGCGUUCCUUUCAUCUUCAAAUCUUCCUAUAUGUGUUAGAGUCUAGCAUACCUACUCAAAUGCCUACACAUGCCUAUAGCAGAAAGGUGGUCUGAGGAUUUCCAGUUAGAGGCUUUACAUAUAGCAUGACCAUUGCUGAAGCUUGGCUUACUACCAUUGUGCUAAUAAAAAGGUAAAAUCUUAAAGCACUGAGAGUGCAGUAAGAGCCAAACUUCUAGAUUUGCUGAUAACCUGUACCCUGUGACUUUCCCUACAUUUUUGUCUAGGUGUACCCGUGUGGGUCUAACUUUGUUGUACUGCCAACAUUUGUGAGAACUGUAGCCCCUUGUACCCUACUCUGCUCCCACAGGGAGUAUAAGAAGGGUCUUUGGUCCUUUUCUAUGUGUGACUGCUAAUACUGUUUGUAUUUGCUAUAGUCUGGAUUCAUUAAUACCUACACUUAGUGUACACCAUUCUGAGUAAAAAGAAAACACAAGUACAGCUCCUACCUUCUUCCUCCUAAGUUUAGUUUUCCUACUGAUUUUCUUGCAACAUUAAAUAUCAAGGGGGAUUCAUAAAGGUUACUACAAUGUGUAGACUAUGCCUAUACUUAGUGUAAUCUUUCUGAGUGAGUAGACUGCGCAAAAAAUGAGGUAGAGUUGUUUUUUAAUACAAAUCGUUUACACUUGGUGUAGGCAUUCAUGAAUCCAGCUCUGUGUGUUAUGUUUUUACACACACACACACACACACACACACACACACACACACACACACACACACACACACACACACAUAUAUAUUUAUGUGCAUGUUGUGUUUGUGUAAUACACAUUCAAAGCUUUAUAUAGUUUUCUUUUUAUACAGAUUUCUAAGCAUAGUGCGAAUAAUUCAUUAUAUUAUGUUUGAUAUGUAUUUAAUGAUAUAAUACUGUAACUGAUUUUCUUGUUAUUGUAUUUUUCGUUCCAUUAAGUUUACAUUUUAAUAAAAAUUGCAAGUAAAAAAGCUUUCAUAAUCCUGUAUGCUUGACAAUAUUGCAAAAGUGAAAUAAAAAGACUCACAAAUAUGUCAGUAAAGAA